AUGGCAAGUUAUAUGCCAGUAAACCGCGAUGAGUUUAACGAAAAAUUAGAUAAAUUCUAUUCAAAUCGACCAGGCAGUAAUCGAACAGUGUGGAGGCGAGAUCAGAUGAUCAACGUUAUGAAAGUUCUGCAAGAAAUUCAGGUUCCAAGUACUAAAAAGACAGUAUCUCAUUAUCAUUACGCGAAGAAGUAUGAGCUAGCAAAAAUUGGAACGGAAUCGUAUGUAAUUUUAAAACGGAAAACUUCGAAUGAGCCAGUUAUUUACGUAAUAGCGAUGGAGGAUUACUACGAUAAAUUGUUAGAAGCUCACAUUCAAACAGGCCAUGGCGGAAGGGAUAAGAUGCAGUAUUACAUUAAAGAAAAGUACAGGAUAACGAAGGUGGCUUGUGAAAUAUUUGUGUCUUGCUGCGGGACAUGUAACAGAAAGAGGGUUGCUCCAAAACGAGGAGUUGUGAUAAAACCAAUACUGAGCGAUAGAUUUAAUGUUCGCGGACAGGUGAAUUUAAUUGAUUUCCAAUCUUGUCGCGAUGGUGAGUUCAAUUGGCUACUAAACUACCAAGAUCACGCUACCAAGUUUUUGCACCUUCGACCCUUGAGAUCCAAGCACGCAGCUAACGUUGCUGAAGAAUUGUCGAAAAUCUUCUUUACAUGGAGAGCCCCGACUAUUUUGCAGAGCGAUAAUGGUCGAGAAUUCGUGGCUGCAGUAAUACACGAACUUGUUUCCAUCUGGCCUCACUGCAGGAUUGUUCAUGGGCGUCCGCGACACCCACAGAGCCAAGGUAGUGUCGAAAGGUCAAAUGCGGACGUUGAAAACAUGUUAAGAGCCUGGAUGAUCGAUAAUGAUUCGAUAAAUUGGGGUCGUGGUUGCCACGAAGUACAAGUAAUGGCUCUCACAUAUAUAAUUAAAUUAAUAUUGUGUUCUUGA